CCCCUGCGUUCUGUGCUGUGCAAGGUCUCGACGUUCUGCCCUCCCAGGAAAUCGUGCCACGACUGGAUCGGACCCCCAGAUAAACACUCAAACCUGCGGCCCGUUCACUUCCAUGUCCCCGAGGACGAGUCCGCAGCGGAACGGAAGCUCCGGGAGCUCCGGCAGGACACGCAGGAAUGGAACCAGCAGUUCUGGGCCAACCAGAACGUGACUUUCCGCAAGGAAAAAGAAGAAUUUAUUCGCUCGAGACUAAAAGCGAAGGGCCUGGGCCUGAGAACUGAAUCAGGUCAAAAGGCAACACUGAAUGCAGAAGAAAUGGCUGACUUUUAUAAGGAGUUUCUAAGUAAAAAUUUUCAGAAGCACAUGCAUUAUAACAGGGACUGGUACAAGCGUAACUUUGCCAUCACCUUCUUCAUGGGCAGAGUGGCCCUGGAGAGGGUCUGGAACAAGCUGCGACCGAGAAUACCAGCAGCUAGGAGCCCGCCCGGCAAAGCCCUGCCUUAUGUAUCCAGCGGCUUAUGGUUUUAG